AUGUUUUUGUUUGUAUUUUUAAUAUUAAACUUUACACAUUGUACUAAUAAUAAUAGUCUAAAUACUAAUAAUACCAAAAGAAGGGUGAAUGAAACCAUUGAUGUCAGCGGAUACGUGAAAAUAAGUGAUAAGCUCUAUAGAGCUACCUGCAACUGCCCAUCGCAUAUUAAAUCCCUUCAAGAUAUGAUUUACAGAACUAACACACUAUGCCGACCUUCUAAAAUAAAGGUCAGAACACACAACUGUGACCAAGUCGAUAAGGAAAUAAUUGAUAAUUUCAUGUACAUACCCCCGAAUGAUUUUGUUUACAUCUCUGAGCAUCAUUUAUCCCCUAUGGAUUCUAGAAACUCUUCAAAGUCGUUCUUCUGUCCAGGUGGCGAUUUAGGGAUGUUUAUGGGAGUUUUGAUGAACAUAUUUAAAUAUAACAACAAUAAUAACCUGUUGAGUGAAAGCGUAGUGACAGAUAUACUUAAGGACUACCUAAUGACGUUGUCUGAAAAUGUUAAUUUUUACUACAACAUUGAUGAAACUGCACUAAAUAACAUGAAAUCCGCGCUCAAUUGGGACAUGAUUGACCUAUACAACAUCAACUUCAACUACCACGAUAUCGUCAAGAAAUUAUUAAUUGAAAAUAUAAGUGAUCAAUACAUAAAGUAUUUGUACGAAUUGUACGAUAAUAAACAAAUAAUAAUUUGGAGCAUAUAUUCUUUUUUUAAUUUACUCUGGGACAAAUCAAGUGAAAAGUUGAGGAUAAAUACAUAUCCAGCAGGACCUCAAAAUCCUUCUGUUUUCAUAAAAGUUGAUGUAAACUUUGGUUGUGAAAUGGCAGAGGUGUUUCCUCUACUAGAUGCACCACUAAAGGACAAACCGCUGUUGAUAUACUCUGAGCUUCCCAUGAUUGUCAAGAGGAACAACCUAGUUAAGCAAAUCAGGGACAAAUUUAACCUUGGAAUCGAUGAUAUAAAUUUAAUUUAUAACAACUUGUACAACGUCAAUUUCUCGCUGCUUAACAACUUUCGUAAGUCCCCUGCUCCAAUAACUUUUUAGUAAAACGAUACAAUAAUAUGCACUACUACAACAUUCUCUAUGUAUAAAGAAAUUUCAUAAGUAAUGUAAAAAGAAGGUAAUUUAAGGUUUAAAAUUAAUAUUGUACUGUUUGAGUA